UGCGUCUCGGCGACAAUGGCCGCCACCGUGGAGGAGGAAGAGCUGGAGUUUGUGGAUGAGCUGGAGGACGUGUUGCACUUGACCCCCGAGGUCCAGCUGGCCAUAGAGCAGGUGUUUCCCUGCCAGGACCCAUUGGACAGGGCUGAUUUUAAUGCUGUGGAAUAUAUCAACACACUCUUCCCGACGGAACAGUCUUUGGCCAACAUAGACGAAGUUGUGAACAAGAUCAGACUAAAGAUAAGGCGAUUGGAUGAUGAUAUUCGGACGGUCGUGAGAGGAGAAACCAAUGUAGGACAAGACGGACGACAGGCUUUGGAAGAAGCUCAGAAGGCUAUUCAGCAGCUCUUUGCCAAAAUCAAGGAUAUUAAGGACAAGGCAGAGAAAUCAGAACAGAUGGUCAAGGAAAUCACACGGGAUAUUAAACAGCUGGAUCAUGCGAAACGGCACCUUACAACCUCCAUCACCACGCUGAAUCACUUGCACAUGCUUGCAGGUGGCGUAGACUCCUUGGAGGCUAUGACUCGCCGCAGACAGUAUGGAGAAGUGGCUAACCUCAUGCAGGGUGUGGUGAACGUGCUGGAACACUUUCAGAAGUAUAUGGGCAUACCACAGAUUCGUCAGCUGUCUGAAAGGGUACGAGCUUCUCAGACUGAGCUGGGGCAGCAGAUCCUGGCAGAUUUUGAAGAGGCAUUCCCAUCCCAGGGAACAAAGAGAACAGCGGGUCCCAGUAACGUCCUGCGUGAUGCUUGCCUCGUUGCCAAUGUUCUCGAUCCCAGAAUCAAACAGGAAAUCAUCAAGAAGUUUACAAAGCAGCAUCUUUCCGAGUACCUUGUCCUCUUUCAAGAAAACCAAGACGUGGCCUGGCUGGAUAAGAUCGAUCGGAGGUACGCUUGGAUAAAGAGGCAGCUGGUAGAUUAUGAAGAGAAGUACGGUCGAAUGUUCCCAGUGGACUGGUGCAUGAGUGAACGAAUCACUGUGGAGUUUUGUCACAUCACCAGGAACGAGCUGGCGAAAAUCAUGCGAACAAGAGCCAAAGAGAUUGAAGUGAAGCUGUUGCUGUUUGCUAUUCAGAGGACGACAAAUUUCGAAGGGCUGUUAGCGAAGAGGUUCUCAGGAGGCACCCUGACUGAUGGCAUAGUGAAGAAGCCAGAGCCACCACCACCGUCUACAAACCCGUUUCUGGAGGAUGAAACUGGGACAGAGUCUGGGUCAGAGAAGGAAAGUGAACUGGAGAAGCCAAAGAAACCGAAGGCUCCUGACAAUCCCUUCCACGGUAUCAUCUCCAAAUGUUUUGAGCCACAUCUCUAUGUUUACAUUGAAUCGCAGGACAGGAACCUCAAUGAAUUGAUUGACCGGUUUGUGGCAGAUUUCAAGGCACAGGGUCCUCCGAAGCCAAACACCGAAGAGGGUGGAGCUGUGCUUCCCAGCUGUGCGGACCUGUUUGUCUACUAUAAGAAGUGUAUGGUGCAGUGCUCACAGCUCAGCACAGGGGAGCCAAUGAUAGCCCUAACCAGCAUAUUCCAGAAGUACCUGCGGGAGUAUGCCUGGAAAAUCCUCUCCGGAAACCUGCCCAAAAACACCAGCAGCAGUGGAGGACUGACCAUUUCCAGCCUGCUGAAAGAGAAGGAGGGAUCAGAGGCGGCAAAGUUCACAGUGGAAGAGCUCUGCCUCAUUUGUAGCAUCCUCAGCACAGCAGAGUACUGCUUGGCGACCACUCAGCAGCUUGAAGAGAAACUGAAAGAGAAGGUGGACGUAAAUCUGGUGGAAAGAAUUAACCUGACCGGGGAGAUGGACACAUUCAGCACUGUGAUUUCAAAUAGUAUCCAGCUUUUAGUUCAAGACCUGGAUGCAGCCUGUGACCCUGCACUUACAGCCAUGAGUAAAAUGCCGUGGCAGAACGUGGAGCACGUGGGGGACCAGAGCCCGUACGUCACGUCCAUUAUCCUCCACGUUAAACAGAACGUGCCCACCAUCCGCGAUAACCUCGCCUCCACCCGCAAGUACUUCACCCAGUUCUGCAUCAAGUUUGUCAACUCCUUCAUUCCUAAGUUCAUCAACCACCUCUUCAAAUGCAAGCCUAUCAGUAUGGUGGGAGCAGAGCAGCUUCUGCUUGAUACUCACUCGCUGAAGACCGUUCUGCUGGAUCUCCCGUCCAUUGGCUCCCACGUGAUACGGAAAGCCCCGGCAAGCUACACGAAGAUCGUUGUCAAAGGCAUGACUCGCGCAGAGAUGAUCCUCAAGGUGGUGAUGGCUCCUCAUGAAGCAUCCGUGGUGUUUGUAGACAAUUACAUCAAACUCCUGGCUGACUGUAGCACAGACACAUUCCAGAAAAUCCUUGACAUGAAGGGGCUAAAGCGGAGUGAACAGAGCAGCAUGCUGGAGCUUUUCCGACAGAGGCUGCCCCCACCACCUUCAGGGGGAGAGAACAGCCUCUCAGCGUCGCUGCCCGCCCCGUCCCCCGAGCAGGAAUCCUCCAGGAUCCGCAAACUGGAGAAACUCAUCAAAAAGAGACUGUAAGACAAGUAAGAGGUUUGGCACAGGUCAGGGCCUCCCCGAGAACAGGUAUCUCACUCCUUACAAAACACUCUUAGCUUCACCUGGAUGUAAAUCAACCAUGCAACGACGACAACGAGUUACGCCUCUUCUUAAUUCCCCUCGACUGGUGGGAACGCCAGUCCGACAGAUCACCUCAAAGCAAAUCGUUCCCCCACGUUCGACAAGCCGCGGUCCUGAUUUCUCUGAGCUUUCCACUCUCCGCGCGCGACUUUCCUUCCGAAGAAUUUGUACUUGAAAAAGGAGCAGAUUCUACUCCAGGGUUGAGAACUUUUCUGUGAGGAUCGUCUUCGUAGCACCUGGUGGUUUGGUGCCCCUUGUGGGCCUUUGUACUGUCAAGUUAACCGGAUUUUUCAGCUCAGGGCGAAAAGUUGGGCAGGUUUCCUUACUCCACACACACGCGCCUCUAU